AUGGAAUCAUUUCUAAAUAUGAUUCAACUGGUUAAUAUACCAGAAUCAUCAGAAAUUAAUUCAUUAAAUAACAAUUUAAACUCAUCAGACACUUUUGUAGUUAUGGAAUCAUUAAAUGAAUUAAGUGAAAGAUUAUUAAUGAUGAAUGGUUUAAUUGCAGAAAGAAUAUUACCAACAAAUUUAGGAUCAAAUAUAAUUGCAAUAUUAAAUAAUGAAAAUUUUCAACAAGAAUUAGAAUUGCAAUUAGUUGCAUGUAGAUGUUUAUAUAAUUAUUUAGAAGUUAAUCAAGAUUUUAUUCAUAAUACAUUACAUUCAAUUCCAAUACUUUGCUCAAAAUUGGAUAAUAUAGAAUAUAUCGAUUUAACAGAACAAGUUUUAGGUACUUUAGAAAUAAUGAGUCAAGAAAUUAUAUCACAUAAUUCAAUUAUACAAAAUGAUGGAUUAUCUAAAUGUUUUUUAUUUUUUGAUUUUUAUACAAUUCAUACUCAAAGACAAAUUAUGAAAAUUAUUAAAAAUACUACUGAAAAUAUAUCUAUUACUAAUUUUAAUAAAAUUAAAGAUAUAAUUGGAAAUUUAAUUGAUGUUUUGAAUAAUCAAGAUAAUCAAAUUGUUGAAAAUGCUUAUAUUUCAAUUGCAAGAAUAAUACAAAGUUUUAAAAAUCAACCUGAAUUUUUACAAGAAUUAUUUGAUGAAAAAUUAGAUUUACUUAAACAAAUUGUAAAUGUAAUUGCAAAUUAUAAAUCAAAUAAAAUAAGUGAAUCGUCAAGUUUAAUAUUGUUAAAAUCGUUGAAUAUAUUGGUAAAUACAAGUAUAGAGAUUACGAAAAAUUUCAUAACGAAUAAUUUAAUAAAGGAUUUGAUAAAGAAUUUAAAUAUUGAAAAUUUAAUGAAUUUGAAAGAGACAACUAUACAUGUAAUGAUUUUAAUAGGAAUUUUACUACCUAUUAAUUACACAGAACCAUUGUAUAUAAGAGAAUUUAGAGAAACUGAUGAAAGAAGGAAAAUUAAUGAAUCAAGAGUUCAUUUAUAUAAAGAAAUUGCUAAUGAUUAUUUAAAAUUUGUUAAUGAAGUUUGGGAUUUUCUUUUAUUAAGUUUUCAAGCAACAAUGGAUUUAGAAUUGAGAAGAAAGGUUUUUAUCAAUAUUUAUAAAAUUAUCACAUCAGAAAUUGAUUAUGAAAAGAUUAAUAAUUUUGGAAAGAUAGCAGGUAUAUUAGCAUCAGUUGUCAAUCUAUAUCAUUCUUGUAUACGUGUUGAACAAAGUGUGGAUGAAGAUGAUGAUGAUGAUGAGGAGGAAGAGGAGGAGGAUAAUGAUGACGAUGAAGACGAAGAUGAAGAUAUGGAAGAUGACGAUGAAGAUAGUGAUGUUGAAAAAGAAGAUGUUUCAAAAUUACCCCAAUUAAUGCAUUUAAAAUCAGCUUUACAAAUUACUCAUAAUAUACUCAAAAAGUCGCCGGAAUUUAUACCAUAUUUCGAAAAAGAAGGAAUUAUAAGUGAUACAUUACAAAUUUUACUUCAAGUUAAAGAAAAAAAAUUGGAUUACGAACCAAGAUCUAAUUAUGAUUUUUUAUCAAGUCGAGAAAUUUAUUCAAAUAUUUUAAAAUAUGCAACUCAAAUUGAAGAAUUAUACCUAUCAACUAAAGUUGAAAAUAACAUACCGGAACAUUUAAAAAUACUUGAAGAAUUUAAACUUAUUAAAAAGAAUAGAAUUAACAAAUUACAAUGGGUUGAUAUUUGGAAUAAUUUAAAAUUUGCAAUAAAUGGAGCUUCAAGUGGUGUACAAAUAUCCAGUUUUGAAUUAUUAAAUGCUGGUUUAAUUGAAACAUUAUUAAAUUUAUUUGAAGAAGAUAUUUGUCAAAAAACAUUCAAAGAAGUAUUUUUUCAAAAUGAUGCAGAAGAUGCAAGAUUUUUAAUUUCAAAAUUACAAGAAGCAUUAACCAGAUCAGAAUCAUUUGAAAUUAUAUCAACCAAUCAACAAGAAAAUCAAGCAUCAAUGGCAAAUCAAGUUAAAUUAAAAUUAUUUAAUGAAGAUAAUAAUGAAAAUUUAGAAUUAAUUUUAUCAGUUCAUGCAAUUGCAACAUUUAAAACGGUUUAUGAAUUUCUUAAAAAUAGAUUUAAAUUUGAUGAAAUGAAUAUUGAAUUUUUAAUGAAUGGUGAAGUUAUACCCAAUGAAACAACAAUUUAUGGUGCAAUUUAUAAAUCAUUACAAGAAAAAACUGAAAAAUCGGUUGAUUCAAGAACUAUAUUUUCAAAUGUACAUGAAGUUAGUUUUAGAAAAGUUUUUAGGGAUGUAAAAGUUACUGACAUGUCAGUUACUAAUAACACACCCGAAGUUUUGGGUAGAUUUGUUUCUGAUAUACUUAAAUUAUUGAAAAUUUUAUUCAAAAUGAAUACAAAAUUACCUGCAAAAGAAUUUAAUAAUUUCAAAUUAUCACAUAAAUUAAGGCGACAACUUGAAGAAAUUUUAGUGGUAGCUAGUGGAUUGCUUCCUUCUUGGAGUAUAUAUUCAACUAAAAACUUUCCAUUUUUAUAUCCAAUGGAAACAAGAAUAUUUUUUUUGCAAUCAACAUCCUAUGGAUAUUCUAGAUUAAUUCAUAGUUGGCAAUUAAGAAGUGGUAAUGAAGGUGAAUUAGGUAGACCAACAAGACAUAAAGUUCGGAUAUCUCGUAAAAUGAUGUUACAAAGUGCAAUGAAAGUUUUAGAAUUAUAUGGAACUACUCCAGGUAUUUUGGAAAUUGAAUAUUUUGAUGAAGUAGGUUCAGGUUUAGGUCCAACCUUAGAAUUUUAUUCCACUGUUUCAAAAGAAUUUUGUAAAAAAAAAUUAAAACUUUGGAGACCUGAUGAAACUCAAGAUGAAUAUAUUUAUAAUUUGCAAGGUUUAUUUCCAAUGGUAUUAUCUAAACAACAAAUUACUUCUGAGAAUGGUAAAAAGAUUUUAUAUUUUUUUUCAUCAUUGGGGAAAUUUAUAGCUCGAGCUUUAUUAGAUUCAAGAUUAAUUGAUUUUAAUUUUAAUCCAAUUUUUUUAGAAUUAAUUCAGAUGAUUAAUUUAGGUACAAGCCAUAAACUUAUAAUUAAAAAAAUAGCCAAUUUAGAAAAUUUAGCAUUAGUUGAUAUAAAAUUGGCAAAUUCAUUUGAGAAAUUAAUUGAAUAUAGAAAUCAAGGUAAAUCAAUUGAUGAAUUAGGUUUAUCAUAUAUAAUACCAGGUUGUGAAAGUUAUUCAUUAGGUAAAAACAAAGUUACAAAUGAUAAUUUAGAUGAAUAUAUUCAAAAAGUAAUUGAAGUUAGUUUAUUUCAUGGUAUAUUACCACAAUGUAAAGCAUUUAUAGAUGGGUUUUCAAAAGUUUUCCCGUUUGGUAAUUUAUCAAUUUUUAGUCCUUCAGAAUUAUCAAUUUUAUUUGGUUCCUUAGAAGAAGAUUUUUCUUAUAAUGUUAUAUCAAAUUGUAUUGUUGCGGAUCAUGGAUAUUCAAAAGAAAGUCAAGUUAUUAAAUAUUUAAUUGAAGUUUUAAGUGAAUUUAAAAAAGAGGAAGUUAGAGAAUUUAUGAUGUUUUUAACUGGUAGUCCUAGAAAACCGAUGGGUAAUUUUAAAAUAACAAUUGUUAAAAAAGAUAAUGUAAAUAGUUUACCAUCAGCAAUGACUUGUCAUAAUUAUUUAAAAUUACCAAAUUAUAAUUCAAAAGAAAUUUUGAAAGAAAAAUUAUUAAUUGCAAUUAAGGAAGGUGCUGGUGCAUUUUUAUUAAGUUAA